AUGACCAGCAACGACCACUCCACCGACAGCGGCGAGUUCUGGCUGUAUGGUUAUGGUCAAGACCACAGGGGCACACCAGAGGCACCAGGCCGUGUCGUCACCCUCAUCGAGCGUUCAUUUUGGGAGCAGCUGACCGACCACCACGAUUCAGCUCCUGACCGCGUAUGGGGCGUCGCUUACCGCAUCAAGGCUGACAAGGUCGCCGAGGUCAAGGACUACCUCGAUAUCCGCGAGAUCAAUGGUUACACCAUUCAUUACGCCCCCUUCUACCCGGCCGACGGCUCCGAGUCCAUCCGUACUCUUGUGUACAUUGGCACUCCAGACAAUGACCAGUUCGUCGGCCCCCAGGAUCCCCAGGCUCUGGCUGCCCAUAUCCGCAAGAGCCGUGGUCCGAGUGGACUGAAUAUCGACUACCUCCUCGGCCUCGAGAAAGCUCUAGACGGGCUGGGACCCGAGAGCGGCGACGUCCACAUCACCGACCUCUCCAACCGAGUCCGGGCUAUCAUCGCCGCCGAGCAAGAGGCGUCCGGCGACGUGGUUUCGUCUCGGCCACCUCCGCCAUCAGCCGUCGGCAACAACUUCCAACGAGAAACCAGUGUCAUAGAGCAGGAAGAGACAGAGAAGGCAGAGUGA